AUGGAACUCGAGAAGUCCGACAAGAAGACCCCCCAGGAGAAGGACCAAGAAAAACAGCUCGACGCCAAAGCAGAGUUUGCGAAGCUCCUAGGUACUCGUUCUGGAGGUGUCUACAUGCCACCAGCUCGUCUCCGUGCUAUGCGCGAGGCCGCCUCUUCAGACCGUUCGAGUCAGGAAUACCAACGCCUUUCUUGGGACGCUCUUCGCAAGUCCAUUACCGGUAUCGUCAACAGGGUCAACGUCGGAAAUAUCAAGCAUGUUGUGCCAGAGCUGUUCCAGGAGAAUCUUGUCAGAGGGCGGGGUCUCUUUGCGAGGAGUGUGAUGAAGGCGCAGGCGGCGAGUUUGCCCUUCACGCCGGUGUUCGCGGCAUUGGUGGCGGUCCUCAACACCAAACUGCCUCAAGUUGGGGAGUUGUUGUUGACCAGAUUGAUCAGUCAGUUCAGGAGGGCGUUCAAGCGGAAUGACAAGACCGUUUGUCACUCCACCACCACGUUCAUUGCCCAUCUUGUCAAUCAAGCCGUUGCGCACGAGAUUAUCGCUCUUCAAAUUCUUGUCCUCCUUCUCGAAAGACCCACCGACGACUCCAUCGAAAUCGCUGUGGGCUUCACUCGUGAAGUCGGCGCUUACCUCGCCGAGAACUCCCCGAAAGCUAACGCCACUGUUUUUGAGCGAUUCCGAGCCGUGCUCAACGAGGGCAACAUCAGCCAUCGUGUGCAGUACAUGAUCGAAGUUCUCAUGCAGGUUCGGAAGGACAAGUACAAGGACAACCCUAUUCUUCCGGAGGGUCUGGAUCUCGUAGAAGAGGACGAGCAAAUCACGCAUCAGAUCACGCUAGAAGAAGAACUUCAGGUUCAAGAAGGACUGAAUAUCUUCAAGUUCGACCCGAAUUAUCUGGAGAAUGAAGAGAAGUACAAGGCUAUCAAAGCAGAGAUUCUCGGUGAAGACUCAGACGAAGAGUCCGGUUCUGAGGAAACAGAUGAUAGUGACGAAGAUGAGGAGGCUGUGGAGAGCAAGGAGGGGAUUGAAGAUCAGACCCAGACGAACCUGGUCAAUCUCCGCCGCAUCAUUUACCUUACCAUCAUGAACGCGCUCAACUAUGAGGAAGCGGUCCACAAGCUUCUCAAAAUCCAGCUCAAGGAAGGCGAGGAGAUUGAGCUCGUGAACAUGAUCAUCGAAUGUUGCUCUCAAGAACGAUCUUACUCGACUUUCUAUGGCCUCAUUGGUGAACGCUUCUGCAAGAUCAACCGUGUUUGGAACGAAGCCUUCGAGGCAGCCUUCGCGAACUACUAUACGACUAUCCAUCGAUACGAAACGAACCGCUUGCGCAACAUCGCCCGCUUCUUUGGUCAUCUCAUUGCGACCGAUGCCGUCUCAUGGGCCGUAUUCCAAUGUGUCAAGAUCAAUGAGGAUGACACCACGAGUAGUAGUCGUAUCUUUAUAAAGAUCAUGAUGCAGGAGGUGCAGGAGAGCAUGGGCCUGCCGGCGUUGAAGGAGAGAUUUGCGGAUCCGGAGGUGAAGGUGCUCUGUUCGAAUAUGUUCCCGCUGGACAACCCGAAGAACACGAGGUUCGCCAUCAAUUAUUUCACCAGUAUUGGGAUGGGUGCCGUUACAGAGGAGAUGAGAGAGUACCUGAAGGUAUUCUGGCUGACUUAG